AUGACCCAUCGAGGACCCAAGUGGGUGAACCACAUGCUCCCUUUACAGAGCAUUUGCAUCCACUUGGUAGAUUUCAAUUCGACGGAAGAUGUGUUCGAGCACCGCUGCAAACGUGAGAUGGCGAAGGCGCUGGUCCUGAAACGCUGCGCGCCUUACAUGAUUCUCAUCUGCCUCGCCUCUUUCUUCUGUGGCUUCACUGCUCUCUUGUUUAUGCCUGAAUGUUGGCGCGCGGUGAUUGAGCUAGACUACCUGGCGAUGGCCUGCAACGUGAUCGGCGCCUCCUUUCUGUAUCGGCAUUUGCUCUCAGGAGGAGGUGCGUUAAAGGUCGCCGACUGGCAACUUGCUCUCGCGUUCUACUUACCCUGGGCCUUUGCGACAUUCCUGCAGAUUGCCACCUUCUCCUGUGGUGCCGAGGCUAGGGAUGGCUACUACUCCACCCGCGUGGUCUACUUUUGCUACAGGGCCCUGCUGUCCAUUGCACUGAUGUGCCCUUGGCAAUGUGCCAUUGGCGAGCUCGUUUGCUCGGGCUUGGUGGCUUUUGAUGUGCAGAGCUCUGACGCACGUGCUGUCAUGAUGACCAUCGAGCUCGUCUUCUUGUACUUGGUCUUCACUGGAGUGUGCUUCUUCGGCCAGCAGCUGAUCGAGUGGGGCUUCGACAACGCCGCGAAGGCAGAAGAGGCCCUCUCUGCGCUGGUCGAAGCGCGCCAAGGCCUCAUCGAGAAGCUUUGCGACGCCGAGGUCGAGCUUUCGGGAGAUUUUAGGAUGCUGGAAUCGAGCUCAUCUUGGUCCGACUUCGUUGGCAUCAGCCCCGCCAACUUUGAUGGUACCUUCCUCGACGUUGUCGCAGAUGACGACAGGGAGCGCGUGUUGAACUUUUUGCUCAAUUCCUCGCAGGACGGCUCCAAUAGCUGCAUACAAGCAACCCUGAAUGGUGCCAAUGACUUCAUCGACGUGCGCAUCUACCACGCCGCCCAAUCUGGCAGGUCAGAUGCUUGCCGACACCGCCUAGCUGUCCUCAACCUGACCAACAUUGAGCCGGCGUUGGCGAAGACCAUGUCCGGUAGCGAGGCGGAGGCCUCCGAACCGUUGAGAUUCGGAUCCGACUGCGAUGACAUCUUUCAUCCCAUGAACAACAUGCCUGCCACCGUGCGGGGGGCCGACAUCAGCGAGUCCGAGAUGGACACGCUGAUCUGCUCUGAGAGCGUCACCGGUCGGAGCCAGAGCCAGGUCACCGAUAACGCAACCCUUCGUUCCAGAAGCACUCUUACGCACAGAGCUCGGCUGACGAGCAAGUUCACCAGGACACAGGGCACCCAAACAGAUGCCCAUUGUACCCAUCACCAGACGGUGGCUUCCAGCGAUGUCGCGUGCCAAACGGUGGGUAUUGCCCGGCCGCCUGCCAUGCGGGAGACCGGCAAUACCGGAUCUCUUCCACGAGAACGAAGUAGAAGUGACCGGAAGGCGCGAACCCAUCGAAAGCUGGCCUUCACAGGAGAGGUGGUGAAGAAAAGGAAGCUGAUCCUGGCCAGCACCUGCCAGCUGUUGAUGCUCGAGGCUGCCAAGAGGAUGAACGUGCGAGGCGUCGGCUGCUGUGCCUACCACGUGAUCAUGGCGUACAUCUUCAAGUCGCUUAAGUCGAUGAUGGCGUCUGAGUGCAGAGAGCUCGCGUUUAAUUCGGAUUGGCAGUGUGCAGUGUGUCAUGCCUUGCAUUCCUUCGAAGAGGACGAUCAGGAUAUGGAUGGCAAGUAUUGGUGCGACGUGUGCGGAUCCACAGAGGCUCCAGCGCCAUCAGACACCGAUCCUCCGAGCUCACGAGCGGAUGAGGCCAUGUCAGAUGGCCCACCUUCGUCCUUGGCCUCGGACAUGCCCCCAGAGGAAGAGCCAUCCGAGCCCUCCAAUUUUCUAUCAUAG